UUUCAGGAUAAUUAUGCAGUUAAACUGUACACCUUUACUUACCUUCUACUAUAGGCAGAUGUGUCAAUUUAUUUUUCCAGGUGAUAUGAGAAAUGAAGCCAACAGGUACAGACCCAAGGAUCUUAUCUCUAGCUGCUGAAGUUGCAAAAAGUCCUGAGCAGAAUGUCCCUGUUAUACUGUUGAAGUUAAAAGAAAUAAUAAGCAACACACCUUUUGGGAGCUCAGAGUUGAAGAAAAUCAAACAAGAUAUAUAUUGUUAUGACCUCAUUCAAUAUUGCCUCUUGGUCCUCAGUCAAGAUUGUUCUCGAAUCCAGGGUGGUUGGACUACAAUUUCCCAGCUUUCACAGAUAUUAAGCCAUUGCUGUGUGGGCUUGGAGCCAGGAGAAGAUGCAGAGGAAUUUUACAAUGAAUUACUUCCAUCAGCUGCAGAAAAUUUUCUAGUUUUGGGGAUACGUUUGCAAACAUGUUUCAUCAACGCAGCUAAGGGUGAAGAAAAAGACGAAUUACUACACUUUUUCCAAAUUGUGACUGAUUCUCUCUCCUGGUUGUUGGGAGGCCAUGUUCAACUCAUACAGAAUGUAUUACAGAGUGAUCGUUUCUUAUACUUACUGCAAACUGACAAUGUUCAAAUAGGAUCUACAGUCAUGACUAUGCUACAAAAUAUACUACAGAUCAACAGUGGAGAUUUACUCAGAAUAGAAGGAAAAACCCUACAUUCAAUUUUAGAUGAAGUUGUUUUCAAGCUUUUAUCAACUCCUUGUCCAGUCAUAAGAAGUACUGCUACAAAGCUCCUGCUGUUGAUGGCCGAAUCCCAUCCAGAAAUUUUGAUUUUACUGAGGCUAAGUGCCUGCUGUGAAGGACUCAGAAGUCUACUAAAUAAACAGGAAAUUGGGACAGAAUUUAGUGAAGAACUUAGACAGCUUGUUGGCCUUUUAAGCCUAAAGACCUAUCAGGAAGUAGAAGAGCAGAAACUACAUCAAGCAGCUUGCUUGAUUCAAGCUUAUUGGAAGGGUUUCCAGACUAGAAAGAGAUUAAAGAAGCUUCCAUCUGCUGUCAUUGCUUUGCAGAGGAGUUUCAGAUCUAAACGAAAAAAGAUGUUGCUAAAGCUAAAUAGGAAGAAGGAAGAAGAGGACCUCAGAUUACGAUUGCAGCUUCAAAGACAGAGAGCCAUGAGACUUUCCAGAGAAUUACGGCUGAGUAUGCUUGAAAUAGUUCAUCCAGGUCAGGUGGAGAAACAUAAUCGUGAAAUGGAAGAGAAAUCAGCACUGGUUAUCCAGAAACAUUGGAGAGGGUACAGGGAGAGGAAAAAUUUUCACCAACAGAGGCCAUCUCUCACAGAGUAUAAAGCAGCUGUCACACUUCAAAGAGCAGCCCUUAAAUUCCUAGCAAAGUGCCGUAAGAAAAAAAAACUAUUUGCACCUUGGCGAGGACUCCAAGAACUCACUGAUGCACGCAGAGUUGAACUGAAGCAACAAGUGGAUGACUAUAUCAGAAGACAUUCAGGCCCUCAGAUGUCAGAUGUGGCCAGCAGGGAGCUACAUGUCCAAGCUCAAGAACGACUUCAACACUACUUUAUGAGCAGGGCCCUAGAAGAGAGAUCCCAGCAGCACAGAGAGGCUCUGAUGGCUCAGAUCAGCACCAAUAUUGAACAGUUAAUGAAGGCACCAAGUCUGAAGGAGUCAGAAGGGAAAGAACCUGAGCUCUUCCUAAGUAGAUCCAGGCCUGUGGCAGCCAAAGCCAAGCAGGCUCAUCUCACCACCCUGAAGCACAUACAAGCACCUUGGUGGAAGAAGCUUGGGGAAGAACCAGGAGAUGGUAUCGACGUUCCAAAGGAUGAACUUAGUGUAGAAUUAGGAACUUUAUUCAUUGGUGGAACCAAGCCCCCUUAGGGAGUUACCUUGAGAAAUAUAAAUCUUAUAUUUCAGGAGAUUAUAUUGGUUCUGCCUCUGGCAUGCUGGUAAAUGAGGGCUAUCCUAACUCAUGAUUUUCCAGAGGUUCCUCUCUAAACAAGACUUGUAGGUAGUAAGCAAAGAGAUAUCUCCUACCUCUCAGUUCUUCUUCACACCCCUAUCAUUGGCCAUACAGACAGAUUUGUGUGGCUUUUAUUG